ACCAAAAAUAGUCCUAUUAGUGACCAUACCCCUACUUCUUCUCACAAUUAUGCCCAUAUCUUACCCUAUACUAGGGUACCCUGUAUAUUUGUUGAAGCACUAUUAUUAUUCCACUAGUUCAUCAGUGUCUUCAUUACCAUCUGUACAAGAUCAGGCGCCGGCACCGGCUGGAAAGGAAGGAUCAGGAAUAGUUGAUGACGAUGAGGGGAUCAACAAGUACUGUGACAUAUUCUCCGGAGAAUGGGUGCCAAAUCCAGAUGCACCGUAUUACACGAACGAGACAUGUUGGGCGAUCCAGGAGCACCAGAACUGCAUGAAGUAUGGAAGACCGGAUACAGGGUUCAUGAAAUGGAGGUGGAAACCGGAUGGAUGUGAGCUGCCAAUCUUUAACCCUGUUCGGUUCCUGGAAAUUGUAAGAGGGAAGUCGCUGGCAUUUGUUGGAGAUUCGGUUAGCAGAAACCAAAUGCAGUCCUUGAUUUGCCUCCUUUCCCGGGUAGAGUAUCCGCUGGAUGAUUCAUUUACUCUAGACCAAAAUUCCAAGCAAUGGAAAUACAAAUCUUACAACUUCACCGUCGCCCAUUUUUGGACAACGCAUCUGGUCAGGACCAAAGAAGUUGAUGGCCCCUCCAACUUCACCCUCAUCAACCUCUACCUGGAUGAGUCCGAUCCAAAUUGGACCUCCCAUAUUAGAGAAUUCGACUACAUCGUCAUCUCCUCGGGUAACUGGUUUUUCCGGCCGUCUGUCUUUUACGAGAACAAUCAGAUUACUGGAUGCCUCUAUGGGGUCCUUGAGAACGUUCCUGUCCUCCCACUGUAUUAUGGAUACAGGAAGGCCUUCAGGACGGCUUUCAGGACCAUCAAUGAGAUGAAAAAUUUCAAGGGCAUAACGUUCCUCAGGACAUUUUCAUCACCGCACUUUGAAAAUGGGGUGUGGAACCAAGGAGGGAACUGUGUGAGAACAGUUCCGUUUAAGAGCAACGAGACAGCUCUCGAGGGUGAGAACCUGGAGCUUUACAAGAUUCAAGUGGAGGAGUUUAGGGUGGCUGAAAGGGAAGGGGAGAAUACAGGGAAGAAGUUCAGGUUGCUGGACACAACUAAGGUGAUGCUGCUGAGGCCAGAUGGCCACCCCAGUAGGUAUGGCCAUUGGCCUCAUGAAAAAAGGACUCUUUAUAAUGACUGCGUGCACUGGUGCUUGCCGGGUCCAAUUGAUACUUUGAAUGAUUUCUUGCUCGUGAUGUUGACAAUGGAGGAAAAGAGAUCAUAACACAGGAAAAAAUGAGGUUUAAACAAAUUUGAUCCCAGAAAUUUCUCAAUACACAAAAUAACAAUUCAUGAAUUCAUGAUAAAAUUGAGUGGUAUAUAUACUACAAUUUACAACAUGCAUGUUCGGUGUGAAACCAUGUAUUCUUCAAAAUGGUAUCUUGAUGAAAACCAGUUAAGUGCAAAAUGAAAAUGUAGAGCACACAAAAGCAUACCUGAGUGGAAUAAACUUCUGUUGAUUCU